AUGCAAUUUGAAUCCGACUUCAGGUUUGACAUGGACGACGGCUUCAGCAUGCAGCCACUGCCAUGCCCGUCGACCACAAACAGCUUCUCUUCUGCUUCUUCAUCUGCGUACGACCCGUUUACUCCUACCUCGCGACGUUCAACACCAAAUGAAGUUGGCCUUGACUUUGAGGGUUCAUAUCCAUACGCGCCUCCUCAAUCCGUCGAAAUGACGCCCCCCUCCGCCAUGUCCAAGUUCAUGUUUGGAGGAGCACACGUGAAGACGGAGCCUGAGCCAAUGUCUUUUCAUGAGUCCCUGCCAACCACGCCUAUGAAGAAGAUGGACUCCUUCGGCACCUCCUAUGAUCAGAUUUUCGACAUUGGUUUGGCUUCUCAGGCUUCUAUGGGAACAAUCACUCCGUCUAACUCUUUUGGCCUCCACGGCCUCUCCCCAGAGGCUGGCAUGGGGCCUGCAGCCUAUAUGAUGACACCCACUCAUAGCAUGUCUGGAUCUGAGAUCGCCGAUACAUCCUCUUCAUGGUCAAUGAACAAUGAAAGCCCCAUCAGCCUUUUCCCUCACAAGGAUGUCGCAUUUCAAGACAUGGAAGCCCUUGACCUCGAGCGUCAUUCUCAGUCACCAAUUAAUAAUUACCACGUCCACAAUGCCGAAUCACCAAACCGACUGCGCUUCCAGCGAAGACUGAUACACCACGAAGCUCAGAGACGUACCAACGAGCUGCAACGUGCCCAGAUUAGAGCCUCUCGGAAACAGAGAGAGAAGUCAGAGACAGCUGUGGACGUCGUUCGACGAGCCAUGUGCAAGUGUGACUACCCAGGGUGCCACAAGGCAUUCCGACGCAAUGAGCAUCUCAAGCGUCACAAGCAAACUUUCCAUGGUGAGGGACCCAACCGGUUCUCAUGCGAGUUCUGUGGCAAGGACCAGUUCAACCGCCAGGACAAUCUCAACAACCACCGCAAGCUCCACGCGCGGCCCAACAGCCGCAAUAGGGGAGUCGAGUUCAUUCCAGCAGCCGUACCCAUCAUCGAGCACGAGGAGCGGAACCGCAAGCGCAGGGCGCCCCCCAAGUCCAAGUUGACGGAAAAGCGGAGCUUCGAGUUCUAA